GCAGUCAGUCGAGAAGCUUGGCGAAAGAUGGUCAUGGUCUUUGCGGACCAGCUUCGGGAUGAGAAGCGGCAGUGCCUUCGGAAUGCUGUGGCCAUUUGCAUUUCUAUAGACGACAAAAGUCCUUGGCGGGAUCUGUCAUACCAAGCGGCCUUCGAGGACGGCACGGUGACCUUGCUGGGCGAGGAUGGUCUGAGUAAGGAUGCCGUCGACGACGACAAAUGCAGGCAGAUGAAAGACUCCGUCUUGCAAGGCUUCAAGGACUUCUGUACCAGCAGGGGGGGCUGCCUGGACGAGGACUUGUUCGCCCACAUCAAGCAGGUCAUCGUGGCUUGGGCUAGUGACAGGUGCCCUGCGGUCAUGAAGGCCGCGAGAAUGCUCAGGGAGGACUGCCCGAACCUGGACUUUGUCUACAAGGACCCCUGUUACGUCCUCCGGACUGUGGCUGGACUUGUGUCCUCGGCCUUCGAGAAGGCCGAGGCCGUCCUUUUCGAGGACAGACACAGUGUGGUCCCCUCGGUCAUGAACUCCCACGAGUGGCAGGACAAGUUUCUGUGGCUCCAGAAAGUGGUCUUAGAGCACGGCCACUUCGCUGGGGCGCUCAAGGUUGCGGUGCGACACUUCAACUUUGUGCGGCCUCGGUGGGAGUCCACGGCCUGCCCUCGGCGGCGCAUGGCCCACCUGGUCGUCCCCACGGCCUUGGUCCUGGCCUUGACUGCGGCGGACCAACGGACGGACUCUGUGACGAAGCGAAGGAUGUUGAGCUUGCUGGACUCCUUUCGGCCUGGGCUGUUCCUGGAGCUGGGCCUCUCUGCGGAUUGGGGCGAGGAGUUCAUCAAGGUCGUCCGGACUUUGGAGCCGGAAUCGUACGACCCGGCAAACCUGGCCGACGAUCUGAGGACUUGGUUUCGGCGGCAGAGGGCUUUGUUCCAGGACUUGAAGGUCUUGGACGAGCUGGACGACGUACCAGAGAAGCAAAGCUGCACGUGGCACGUCGUCAAAAAUGCCAUGUCCUGCCCACCGCUGACAGUGGGGGGCCGAUCUUUCCAGCUCUGGUCUUCGGCCCGUGGCGACAAAGAGGUCUUUCAGGCCACGGCGGAAAGGCUGAGCGACCUGGUCGAAGCAGCGAUCGAGCGGGUCCAGGCUGAGCUGCUGGACACUCCGCAAUGUGACUGGCAGUGCAUGAGCAUGAAGAAGUGGCAUGCAAGCCUGGGCAUGGACUUGGACGAGGCAGACACCUUCAAGAAGCUCCUCCGGUUUCGGUUUCGCCGCCUGUGUCGUCUGUCACAUGUGAAUGAGGACCACGGCACUCGGCAGUUUUUUCAGAUCAUGCCUCUCCUCCAUGCGGAAUUCCUGGUUUUGAAAGACAGGGGCGAAGAAGUGGACAACCGGAAAGUCUGGGCACUGAUCUUCAAGGAGAACAUGGGCCAGCGGGUAAACCGGACUGGGGACAUCUCGGAGUUAC